CUCGUGUUCCUCAACGACGACCAGCACCGGUUGCAACCACAACGGACACCCUCGCCUAAUUAUUCCACUAUUUCCGGCGGUUUUCUUGCCCGGACCAGCUUCAACAAGCAAUAUCGCGGCUACUCAUCAUGGAGUCCGUGCUGUCUAGCAGGACGCCUUCGCUGACUCCGUCACGGUCGCCGACACCAAUGCAGCCAGUGCAACCAGACCACUUCUACGGUUCUGACAUACAACUCCCCCUCUCUCCUCAAUCGAAUGGCAAAACGUGGCUUGAUCCGGCAGACGAUCCGCUUGCACAGCGUGGGAUCCCCGUCUUCAAGCCGACCAUGGCUGAGUUCCGGGAUUUCGAGGGAUACAUGAAGGCCAUUGAGUGCUGGGGUAUGCGCAGCGGGAUUGUGAAAGUGAUACCACCGCAGGAAUGGCGAGAUUCACUGCCGCCGGUCGAGCCACAACUCGCUAAUGUUGAAAUCAAGAAUCCCAUCGAGCAGAACAUGCUCGGAGGGGGUGGGCUCUUCAGGCAAACCAACGUAGGACGUCGCAAGAUGAUGACGGUUAAAGAAUGGUUCGAAUACUGUUCGAAAGACGAGUACCGCGCGCCCGGGGUUGAAGAGAUCGGGCCGUAUAGCGCUCAUCGCACCACAAGGACCUCGGGAAGAACCACUCGGAGGGGCAGGACAGCUAAGGCUGAACCCCAGGAACCGGUCGUCAAAGACGAGCCCAUGGAUGACAGCGCGUCUGCUUUGCUCUCCCCGCCCCGUAGCACCCGAAAUCUAUCGACGCCAGCCGUUGCUGACGAAGAAGUGGCAAUUUUGGAUAACCCUCCUCCCGAAUUCUCCCCGCCAUCCGCAGAAACGAAGAAGAAAGCUCGAGCACGUCGCGCAGCCAAGAAUAAGGAAGCUAAGGAUGCCGAACAUGCUGCCAAAAUGGCAGCCAACGCCGAGUUCGUCAAAUCAUUCAGCGCUCACAAGGACUGGCUUCCGCCCAAGACUAGCCCUGAGUCGUAUACACCAGAGUUCUGCCGGGAGCUCGAGCGGCAUUACUGGCGGAACCUCGGUUUGGGAAAGCCUGCAUGGUACGGGGCGGACACCGCUGGCUCCCUCUUCACAGACCAGACUACGUCCUGGAAUGUGGCACACCUGCCUUCCCUACUGACCCGACUCUUGCCCGCUUCCUCGAAAGGCUUACCCGGUGUGAACACUCCAUACCUCUAUUUCGGCAUGUGGCGCGCUACGUUUGCUUGGCACGUCGAGGAUAUGGACCUUUUCAGCAUCAACUACAUACAUUUUGGCGCAGGAAAACAUUGGUACGCUAUUCCCCAAGGCCGCGCAUCAGCGCUGGAGCAGACCAUGAAAGGGUUCUUUCCGAAAGAUAUAUCACAGUGUCCGCAGUUCCUUCGUCACAAGUCUUAUCUAGCCUCUCCUAAGACUCUAGCUGGAGCGUUGUGCAAACCUAACACUCUAGUACAACAUGCCGGCGAAUUCGUCAUCACGUACCCGAGAGGUUACCAUGCCGGUUUCAAUCUUGGAUUCAACUGCGCGGAGAGCGUGAAUUUUGCUUUGGACAGUUGGGUUGAUCUUGCAAGGAAGGCGCAGGUUUGUAAAUGUGUUGGUGACAGCGUAUCGAUCAAUAUCGACGAGCUCUUGCGAGAGCGGGAAGAAGAGCGAAUUGAAGCCGCAUUUAUUCGUCAUGACCAGAAGAACUCGAAAGAGAACGUUCGGCCUCGAGUUUCAGGCAGUGCGCCUCGCAAACGCAAGCCCGAUGGCGAGGGGGGACCACCGAAGAAGAAGAAGAAAGUGACGGUCAAGGAUGAGCAAUUGGAAGUCGCCGCAGUUCCGAAGCCGAAGAUCACUGUCAAGCUGAAGCUUGGCCCAAAGCCGGAGGAGGAUUCAUUCCCAUGUUGUCUCUGCGUGUCGUCCAGCACGAGUGACCUGUUGAGGGUGCACGACCUACCUUUGCAUGCCAAGGAUGCCAGGUCAAACCAUCCCUGGAUGGCUCACGAACACUGUGCGAGCGUGGUACCUGAGACUUGGGUGGAUGAGAUAGAAGUUGGGGAACCUCGUGAAGAUGGUACCAGGGCAACGGAACGUGUUGUAUUCGGCGUGGACGGCAUCGUCAAAGAUCGCUGGAAUCUGAAAUGCAGCGCGUGCACGAAACCUCGUGCGAAAGCCCACGGAGCCCCUAUUCAAUGCACGAAGGGCAAAUGCUCUAAGGCCUUCCACGUGUCGUGUGCGCGACACGGCUCUGCUCAAGGCAUCAUAUUCUCUGUCUUGCGAGAGGUUGAGAAAGAGGUCGUAUUGCUGGGCGAAACCGUGAUGGACGCACCCCCCACCGAGCUCGUAUCAGCUCCCAGCACUGAGGGCGCCUCUGAGACACAUUCGAGUACCGUCCCAUCCGAGCCCGCGUCAAGUCCCCGUGUCCUCAAGGUCAUCAAAAAGACAGAGGUACAGGUGCUCUGCUCACAACACAAUCCUGCGAGGCUUGAGGCAAAGAAAUCAGCUAAACAAGACAAGAUGAAGAACCAUCUUCUCGCCCUUGACCCGAUGACGCGCAUCAAGAUUCGGGUUAGCGCUGGCGUCUUCGAGGUGUCUCUAAUCCGUGUCAUAUCAGAAACAGGCAGCGUAGAAGUGCUAUGGGACAAGGGUGUUAAGCGUGAAUUCAAGUGGAGUAGUGUUAUAUUAGGCAACACACCCGAAGGCGUGCCGGUUGGGCAGAUGCCCAAAGACCCUGCUCCCGAGAAUCUUUUCACUCCAAGGCAUGCGACUCUGGCGCCCGCGCCUUCAAUAUCGUUGACGGAGCCCAUCAUGCCAACCGCGGCCCAAUGGGACGCGCUAUUCUCCUACCAGCGGCAGAAAAACCUAGCUUUGUGGCCAACGACCAGCCUCCAACAGGGGACGCAGAUGAUUUGGCCCUCUCAAGCUCAACUACAAGCAGCUAUGGCCGCCUUGUCGAAGAUGGAACAAUCACCGCCUUCGGGUGCACCGAGCUCGCCCGCUGUCACCACUCAACCGGAACAUUUCCGGCCGCCUACCCAGAUCCCGCCUCUGCCACCCACUCAGGUGCCAUCUGGAUUACCGUCCGCUUUUCCCAUUGGGGUGCCCGGGCAACCUUACGUAGGAUACCCGGCCACAGCGUAUCAGGCGUUAACCGGGACUAAUGGCGAUUGUCAGUCGUAUGGCCCGCCAGCUGCGGGCGCAGUCGUCCCACGAAGUCAAUAUCCCAACGGGCAGAUCACCUGGCAGCAACCGUAUGCGGGGCCGCCACAGAAACAUGGUUUCAGGACGGGUUGUACAACACCGGCGCCCUUAGAUCCGCCAAGCAGAGCCUCCUCGACGAUACCGGGUAGUAUGGCAACUGGAGCUUCGUCUUACCCAUCUUUGACUCCGUCGGCCAGUGGAGCGGUGAUGCCCUCCACAGGGACAUUAUCCUAUUCCCAGCUUGCGUCAAUGGCUGCUGUAACCUCGAAUUCUCCUCACAAUCAGCCAUGACUGGCGAUCAUUCGUCUUCCGUGAUUCUUACGUACCUUGCAUUCCGUCUGGUGUAUUCCUACACGUUGUUUAUUCACUUCGGACAAAUCGCUUCACCUUACGAUCGACUAUUGUGUGUACUGCUCUCUGGAACUCGUUCCCUAUGAAUACUUAUGUACUUAUGUAUAUAAUCGAAUGACG